AUCUUGAUAUUUGAACUAGCACCAGUGUAGCGGUAGAGCUUCUGAAUAGCUUUUCUCUCGCACUUAUUCAGACGCGUAAUUUUAAAUAUAACUCUUGGCGCGACUUUUUCGAGAAAAGUGCGAUUGUGAAAAAAUAAAUUGAUGGACGUCUGCCACAUAAAAGUUAAUUGACGAAGUCUACGUACUAUGGAACGUACAUUAAAGCAAGUGAUCGACUUCUUGCAAUAGAAGAACGAAGAGGAUGAUUCUGAGACUGUCGUCGUUGGUUUUUAUUUGCGUUUUGAUUCGUAGAAAUCAAGGAUCAGCCCUUCAUGGAGCUUGUCUGUCGAACGAUGAUUGUGGAACCAUAGAUACCUAUUGCAAAAAUGAAACAUGUGUGUGCAGAGAAAAUUUCGCAGUGUGGUACGACAGCUGUAUUCAAAUGCCAAGCCCUCCAAUACGCUGCACCAAAAAACUAGAAUGUCACCCUACGCUCGGCGGGCGCAGCAUGUGCACUAAGAAAGGCCAGUGCGCUUGCAAAGCGUUCCACCAUUUGCACCAAGGCCAGUGCGUGAAAAACCGAGACCUUCACACAAUAUGCGAGCACGAUCAUCAAUGUUAUUGUGGAGCCGAUUGCGAAGCAAAAAUUGCCUGCAUACACAAGAGCUGCACGUGCAAAACUGGACAUAAGCCUUACAGGACUAGAAGAUGUAUACGUGAUUCUUUAUACGUCGAUAUCCCAAACGAAAGCAUACUUUCAACGACAAUUCACAAAAACAAAUCCAUUGAACCAGUCGAACACAACGCCGCUCUUCAAGUAGAACAAAAAUUCGUUGAACACCCUAUAAAUGAGUCCGUUGAACAGAAACGAAACCCGAAUAUGGCUGUACCAUCAGAAAAUACGGUUGAACCAUCAGUCGAACGUGCGUCUACUUCGAGUUCUAAUAUUUUACUCUACGGACGAUAUUCUAUCGCCAUGUUGGUAGUGGUUGUUACGUUGAACUAUUACUAAGUGCUGGUACACGAGUGUUUUAAUGUUUAGUUUUAAGAAAAGAAAAUUGUACAGUUUAUAUAAGAAUUUAUUAUUUUAUAUUAAAAAACAGUAAUAAAAAUGUUGAGCGUU